UUGAUUUGUUUUCGCUCUUCGGAUUUGUUCAAGCAGACUUCACUCUGUAUUUUGAAAGCGACCACAGACGACACACUCUUGGCUGUUUAAAGCGGUUUACCUGUCAAUAUCCUCAGACACCGUGACGUGUCUCUAGUUUCGACAUCAGUUGAAGUGUUUUUGUCUUAACAUGGCUAUGCAGCAAGCGGCGUGGAGACGACACUGGGAAUUAAAUUUCACUCUCGUUCCAUCAGCUUGUUUGAAAUGAAUGGUGCACCGGGCAGUUGUGAACUCCUUUUCUCACAACCUUUUUGAACAUACACCUCUUGUUGUUCAUUUCCCAGCAACGGAUACACUAGUUCCAGGUAUAUUGUUGUAUUUAUUUUUUUGUUUUCGGGUUGACUUUUCCACCCUCACCUCCUGGGCUUCGGAGGUGGUCCUCUGAAAAAUGGAGUCUGUUAUCGAAAAGGACUGCAGUGCGCUUGGAGGACUCUUCCAAACUCUUAUCGGAGACAUGAAGAGUGGCUACCCGAUUUGGGAGGACUUCAUCACCAAGGCAGGCAAACUGCAGUCACAGUUCAGAGCCACAGUGGUCGCAUUGGCUGCCUUCUUGGAUGCCUUUCAGAAAGUGGCUGACCUGGCAACGAACUCAAGAGGAGGCACCAGAGACAUCGGAUCAGGCUUGACAAGGAUGUGCAUGAGACAUCGCAGCAUUGAAGCCAAAUUCAAACAGUUCUCCAUGACCUUCUUGGAAGCUCUGAUCAACCCCCUACAAGAACAGACGGAGGAGUGGAAAAGAGGCGUCUACACUCUGGAUAAGGACCAUGCCAGAGAAUAUAAGAGAGCUCGGCAGGAGAUCAAGAAAAAGUCAUCAGACACACUGAAACUUCAGAAGAAAGCAAAGAAAGCUGAUACUGUGGGUCGUGGUGAUAUCCUGCCCCAGUUGGACUGCGCGAUGCAAGAUGUCAAUGACAAAUACAUUCUUCUGGAAGAAAUUGAGAAAGAGGCCCUGAGGAAAGCGCUGAUAGAGGAGAGACAAAGAUUCUGCACUUUUGUAGCCUUGCUGCGGCCUGUAGUGGAUGAAGAGAUUUCAAUGUUGGGAGAGGUUACCCAUCUCCAGGCCAUCUCUAAUGACCUCAAAUCACUGACCUCUGAUCCCCACAAGCUACCUGCUGCCAGUGAACAAGUGAUCUUGGAUCUGAAAGGCUCAGACUAUAGUUGGUCUUACCAAAGUCCACCCUCUUCCCCUAGCACCACUACAUCCAGGAAGUCCAGCAUGUGCAGUAGUCUGAACAGUGUUAACAGUGGUGACUCCAGGGGAUCAAGUGGCUCUCACUCUCAUUCUCCUUCCUCCUCUUCUUCCUCCUCUUCACACCACCUCUUCCACCACCAUCAACCUCGCCAACGGUACCACAGCUCCACGCUGUCCCAGCAGGCCCCAGCUCGACUCUCCAGCAUCUCCUCCCACGACUCUGGCUUCAUCUCUUCAUCGCAUGACCAAUGCACAUCCUCCAAGUCAUCGUCACCAAUGCCAGCAAAUAGCAAGCCUUGUGCCAGUUCCAGAUCCUCUGAGGUGUCAGAUUUUGAGCACCUUCACUGUGACUCGAGCAGGGACCCCCCCUCUCUAGCAGCAGAUGCUGCUGCAUCUUUGCAUACUAUUGACAAGCUGUCCAAUGGCUUUGACCACUACAGCCCAGCCAACUCCCCUACCAGUGGUGGGAGUUUGAGCUCUGGCUCCAGCACAGCCUUCCCCUUCUUCCCUCCAUCCUCCUCUUCCUCCUCCUGCCCAACACGAUCAUGGUCACGUCCCGCUUCAGCACUCCUGCUUCCUCACAACUGCCCCAUGGGCUCUCCCACGAUGCCUUCCUCUCAUGUGCCCAGCUGGAAGGACUGGGCAAAGCCAGGGCCAUACGACCAGCCCAUGAUCAAUACAUUGCGAAAGAAGAAGGACAAGGGGCCUCCAGUUAUAAUGGACAAUAAUGGAGUUGCAGGCAGGGAAAGCAGCACACCGCAAAGCCUCGCAACCGCUACUCUGGCUCCAGCUGAGAUGCCUCAAAAAGUGUCACGAGAAGAAAGGAACAGGACAACACCAGCCAAGGCCGGUGAUCUUGAGACCCACGAUGAGCUGGCCCUGGCCUUAUCACGAGGCCUGGAAUUGGACACCCAGAGGUCCAAUCGAGACUCAAUCCAAUGCUCCAGUGGAUACAACACUCAAACCAAUACACCCUCCUGCUCUGAGGACACCAUACCCUCACAAGUCUCAGAUUUUGACUAUUUUUCAAUGACCGAGGAACAGGACCCUGAGCAGCAGCAGUCCGACUUUGACAAGUCCUCCACCAUCCCCAGAAACAGUGACAUUGGCCAGUCGUGCCGACGCAUGUUUCAGACCAAGCGGCCUGCCUCCACAGCCGGCAUGCCAAGCACACAUGCUCCCUACCCGGUGCAGGGGGGCUACCACAAUGGAGCCUGUCCCUCAACUCCCACCCACAAAUAUUCAUCAUCUGUGCCUUAUUCACCUACUCCAACAGGUUGUUCAAAUCAGGUGAUUUUUUCUGGUUAUCAUAAUGUCUCUGGGUCCCAUUCUACUAGUCAUGGUCCAGUUAUUGUCACCCCAGGUGUUGCAACAAUCCGCCGCACGCCUUCCUCCAAACCUUCUGCUCGCCGCUCAGGCUCAGUUGUCAGCACAGGUCCCAUUCCUAUUCGUACACCAGUCGUCCCCGUAAAAAUACCAACAGUUCCCGACAAGUCAGGAGUCCUAAACGGGAGCAAGAUUGGGGAGGAAAUCGGAAAGAUUCCAGAUUCUCCCACAUUUCCACAAGGCGACAAUGGUGGAGUGCCACCCGUGGUGUCUUGGAGCGGUCAGGCGUCGAGCAAUCCUCCCACUGUCCCCCUGCCCAACCAACUGGCCCAGCAGCACCCUCACAGUGAGCGAGGAGAAACUGAGACAGGAGACGAGGCAGAUGGCAACAUGUUGGUGGCCAUCCGCAACGGAGUCAAGCUCAAGAGGACCCUCACCAAUGACCGCUCAGCACCUCGGAUUGCGUGAUCCCAAUGACAUACAAAGUCAAGACCGUGUGAGAGAGAAAAGAGUUUUAUUCAACAAAUUUAACUAUUUCUUUUUGUUGGGGUGUAAAGAUGUCUUCCUACAUGAUUCGGGAUCAGAUCAUCAAGGAGGUCAUUUUGUCUGGUUAGUGAUGCCUCUCCGAAAAAAUGACACGUCAUAACAAAAAGGGGACUGCAGAACCACCUUGAGUACUUAACAUGAUUUACCAUGAUGCAAACCACAAUUUGACAAUUGAGUCAAUCGAUGGUUAAUUU